CGUACCAAAAUAAACUAUUUGCAUCGAUUCCAUAAAUUUUUUAGAUUGCCAAGAAGCUCUCGGUAUGGAAAACGGUGCAAUCCUUGACGGACAAAUUAGCGCCUCUUCUGAAUUGGAUGGCGAUAAUGCAGCCAUCCAGGGAAGACUCUACUUUCAAGCAACUGCAACAAAAGAGGGAGCUUGGUCAGCUGCUCAAAGUGAUCGCAAGCAAUGGCUUCAGAUUGAUCUUGGAAGUCAGUUUACUAAAGUGACACGUAUAGCAACGCAAGGACAAAAUGGCGGUCAUACUCAGUGGGUAAGACGGUACAUGCUUCAGUAUGGUAACGAUGGAGUAAACUUCCACCAAACCACAAAUAAGGAAUUUGAUGGAAACACAGACGAAUACACUGUUGUUUAUCAUGAGUUAAACCCACCAAUCAGGGCACGUUUUAUUCGUUUUCGACCAGUGGCUUGGAAUAAAGCCAUAUCAAUGAGGGUUGAGCUCUAUGGUUGUCAAGAAGAAUGCCAAGAAGCUCUGGGGAUGAGAACCGGCGCAAUCUCUGAUGCACAAAUUACAGCUUCCUCAAUAUGGGAUUCCAGUCAUGAAGCCUUCCAGGGCAGACUUAACUUUCAACCAAUUCCAAUGAAGUCGGGAUCUUGGUCAGCUGGUAGAAAUGAUUUUAAUCCAUGGCUCGAGGUCUUCUUGGGUCCGCUGCUCAAUGUGACAGGCAUAGCAACGCAAGGAAGAAGUGAUCUUGAUCAGUGGGUGACCAGGUACAGGUUAACGUUCCGUGACGAUGGACUGAGCUUUCAGGACUACAGAGAGAAUGGGUCUCACGUCAAGAUUUUUGAUGGAAAUAGAGACCGGAACACUGUUGUCCGUCAUUACCUAAACCCAUCAAACCUGGCCGCACGUUUCAUCCGUUUCCAUCCAGUAGAUUGGUGGGGGCACAUAUCAAUGAGAGUGGAGCUAUACGGGUGUCCUAUAGGUACUGUGCAAGGUAAUGUUUUUCAUUACUAUUUCAAUGAAAACUGUAAAACUGAUAUUCUCAAACUCAUUGAUGAUUCACCAAGUUUAAUCAAAGGAAAAAUCAUGACCGCGGCGGUGUUUGGUUAUCUGAUCUUAAAAGCAUAGAUUUUUACGUACGAUUGAGAAGAUAUAUCGAACUCUCAAGACAGUAUUUGACCACCAUUUCCAAAGAGCUCGGAGUUCGUCAAAAAUACUCCUCUGCGCGUCGUAUUUUCAACUCUCUUCUCGGUGUCUAAAAGUGUGGUCAAAGACGGUAUUGAGUGUUCGAGAUAUUUCUUCAAAUAUAAGUGAAUGAUCUUGUGAGAAUAAGCGGCCAUUUUGUGUUUACAACAGGUGUUUUAGUUUCCAAUCUUCCCGUGAGUAUCACAUCAUUGAUUCCCGUUAUACUCACGGGAAGGUGAGGAACUAAAACACCUGUUGUAAACACAAAAUGGCCGUGGCAUUUAUCAAUCCUACCUUGGCUUCCCGGAUCACCGUUUACUGUUCAUACAUGUAAGUGUGCCGAGAGUUGUCCAAAAGAGUGCCUUUACAAACCUUUCAAGAGGACUCUACAUGAUUAAACCGGCUUCGAGGAAAACAAUGGUCAGUAAUACAAAGAACAUCGAAGUGUGUGACCGUCACGCUCGACACAGAUAAGGAACGUAUAAAGGUUCUUUAUAUACAAACCUACAGCUGGGAGGAAAAGCUGGCAGUUUUAACGCUACCUAGGUUUCAAGGAUCGCUUCAAAGGACCAAAACUAUAAUCUUGAAGCCAGGUAAGAGAUUUACGUGAAUUCAUCGGAGCACUUUACGAAGGCGAGUGUGUUGGCUACUCACUGCAAUAUUUUCAAAAUUUCCUGAACUUUAAGCGG